GAAGGAAAGGAGGCCAGAUUGGAGGGGGAGGAGGUGAGAGGAAGGAAGUGGGUGGAGAAAACCACUAUAUUCCCAAGAUGCAAGGAAAAUGGAAAAAUAGAAGAAAAAAUAUAUUAAAUCAAUGUAAACUAAGAGAGUCACAGUGUACACUCUGUGGUGAGCCUGAAGGUUUGGAUUCUCUAACAGGGCAUGCAUUUCCAGAAGAAGAGGGUGGCGAUCUGCUCAAGUCGGGGAUCAGUUUUCCGGGGACGACAGAGGAGGAGCUAGACCAGCAGUACUCCUGGUCACCUUCUCAGCACUUCAAUGAAGAAAGAUUCUCGCCUGCUCCGAGGAACAUGAAAGGAUUAUCUGGUAGUCGCAACCAACCACAAUUAUGUUCUGCUCAUACUUGUGGUUUAGCAUCCCCUGAAGAUUGUGAACACACCCAUGAUCAUAUCCACCAUGGGCAGGAGCCAAGGCAAUCAUAUCUUCUCAGCCCUACAGAGAGCUGCCCACUGGACCAUCAUCGCUGCUCACCGCGAAGCUCCAUCCAUUCAGAAUGCAUGAUGAUGCCCAUGGUUAUGGGCGAUCACAUGUCAAGUAGCACUUUCCCCAGAAUGCACUACAGCUCACAUUACGAAACGAGGGACGAUUGCGCCAUGUCUCACGCUAACCCUAAGAUUAACCGAAUUCCUGCCAAUCUCCUGGAUCAGUUUGAGAAACAACUUCCUCUCCACAGGGAUGGGUUUCACACUUUACAAUAUCAGAGGACCUCAACAGCUGCAGAACAACGCAGUGAAAGCCCAGGAAGAAUACGCCAUCUUGUUCAUUCAGUCCAGAAACUUUUCACUAAGUCUCAUUCUUUGGAAGGAUCAUCCAAAGGCAAUGUCAAUGGGACAAAGGGAGACAGUCGAGGGGACGACCAUCAUCAUGGACAUCAUUCCAAGCACAGCAAAAGGAGUAAAAGUAAGGAACGAAAACCAGAGAGCAAGCAUAAAUCUGGUAUGAGUAGCUGGUGGAGCUCUGAUGAUAAUUUGGACAGUGAUAGCACUUAUCGCACACCUAGUGUGAUUAAUAGGCAUCAUGUAGAUCAUAUCUCCCACUGCUACCCUGAAGCUCUCCAGGGGCACUUUGGGGAUCUCUCACUAAAGACUUCCAAAAGUAACAAUGAUGUGAAAUGUUCUGCUUGUGAAGGGCUAGCAAUGACCCCUGAUGGUAAAUACAUGAAAAGGAGUUCUUGGUCUACACUUACAGUAAGCCAGGCUAAAGAAGCUUAUCGCAAGUCAUCGCUUAACCUAGAUAAGCCUCUGGUUCAUCAGGAAAUCAAACCUUCCUUGAGGCCGUGCCAUUACCUUCAGGUGCCUCAAGAUGAAUGGGGAGGGUACCCUGUUGGCGGUAAAGACGAGGAGAUCCCCUGCAGGAGAAUGAGAAGUGGGAGUUAUAUUAAAGCCAUGGGAGAUGAGGAAAGCGGAGAUUCUGACACUAGCCCUAAAACAUCACCAAAGGUAGCGGUUCGACCAGAAUCAUUAUUAAAAUCCAUUGGACAGAGACCACUCGGAGAUCACCAAAAUCAGAGCUACCUUCAAGCUGCAAGUGAUGUGCCUGGGGGCCACAACAUGGAUCCCUCCGCAAACUACAAUUCCCCAAAGUUCCGCUCAAGGAAUCAGAGCUAUAUGAGAGCAGUGAGCACACUCAGUCAGGCCAGCUGUGUUAGUCAGAUGAGUGAAGCAGAGGUCAAUGGGCAAUUUGAGUCGGUGUGUGAAUCAGUGUUUAGCGAAGUUGAAGCUCAGGCAAUGGAUGCCCUUGACCUCCCUGGAUGCUUCCGAACAAGAAGCCACAGUUACCUGCGGGCCAUUCAGGCAGGUUACUCCCAAGAUGAUGAAUGUAUCCCUGCUAUGGGAUCUUCCAACAUCACCUCAACUAUCAGGUCAACAACAGCUGUAACUUAUACAAGUUACAAAAAAACGCCACCACCGGUACCCCCACGUACCACUUCCAAGCCACUCAUCUCAAUUACAGCACAGAGCAGCACAGAAUCCACCCAGGAUGCAUAUCAUGAUAGCCGGACUCAGAGGAUUUCCCCAUGGCCUCAAGAUGGUCGAGGGAUGUACAACUCUACAGACAGUUUGGACAGUAACAAGGCCAUGAAUCUUGCCAUGGAAACUGCCGCUGCACAGCGCCAUGCUUCUGAGAGUCAAAUCACUUCAGUACGAACCAGUGACAAGGCCAUUUUAGUGACAAAAGCUGAGGAGUUUCUGAAGAGUCGACGGUCCUCUAUAGGGAUUCAGGUGGAAACGGCAACCGAUUCAGAUACCGAGAGCAGAGGCCUACGGGAAUACCAUUCCGUUGGAGUGCAAGUGGAAGAUGAGAAACGACAUGGACGGUUUAAACGUUCAAAUAGUGUAACUGCAGCUGUUCAGGCUGACCUGGAACUGGAGGGCUUUCCAGGACACAUAACAAUGGAGGACAAGGGACUUCAGUUUGGUUCAUCAUUCCAGAGGCAUUCAGAGCCUAGCACUCCUACCCAGUAUGGUGCAGUAAGAACUGUACGGACACAGGGACUGUUCAGUUACAGAGAAGAUUACAGGACCCAGGUUGACACCUCAAAUCUUCCACCGCCAGAACCCUGGCUGGAGCCAGCCAUUGAGACAGUAGAAACUGGUCGGAUGUCCCCAUGUCGACGGGAUGGGUCUUGGUUUAUGAAGUUGCUACAUACUGAAACGAAGAGGAUGGAAGGAUGGUGUAAAGAGAUGGAGAGAGAAGCAGAAGAAAAUGAUCUUUCUGAAGAAAUUCUAGGUAAGAUCCGAAGUGCUGUUGGAAGUGCUCAGCUCCUUAUGUCUCAGAAGUUCCAGCAGUUUUAUUGGCUUUGUCAACAGAACCUGGACCCCAGUGCCAUGCCAAGGCCAACUUCCCAGGACCUAGCAGGAUUCUGGGACUUAUUGCAGCUUUCAAUUGAAGACGUCAGCAUGAAGUUUGAUGAACUGCACCAGCUGAAACUCAAUGAAUGGAAACUAAUAGAAUCACCUGAAAGGAAGGAAGAAAGGAAGGUUCCUCCUCCAGUACCAAAGAAGCCCCCAAAAGGAAAAUUCCCUAUAACGAGAGAAAAGUCUCUUGACCUACCUGACAGACAACGUCAAGAAGCCAGAAGACGGCUAAUGGCUGCUAAGAGAGCAGCCUCCUUUCGGCAGAAUUCAGCCACAGAGCGGGCAGACAGCAUUGAGAUCUAUAUCCCAGAAGCCCAAACCCGGCUUUAA